CUGUGAGGUACCUAUUUGGUAGCGCAAGUCAGACAAUUUGCACAGGCAUUUUUUUUUCCAUCUUCCUUCUGGAACUUUGCUUCGUCCAGCUGACAGUGCUUCAAAGCCUUAGGCAGCUCUCAGACUCACAAAAAGAAAUCAGUCCUAUUGGAAAUACAGACAUGAACUGGGAGUCUAAAAUGAUAAAACUGCAGAUUUUUCUUCAUUUGCCUGGUAUCAAAAACCAGUCUGUCCUAUCCUCUCAUCGCUGGCAUCAGCUCCAGGACUAAAUGCCUCUCUGUUGUCGCCUGGCAAAUGUGCUCACACCACAAUUCUGACGUCUGAAGACCUCCAAACUAUGAGGUCCCUGGUCAGCACCUCACACCUCCAACUAGCCGCUUUUGCUCUUGGCACAGUAGGCUGGAUCAUGUGCGCUAUCUCAAUGGGACUUGUGGAAUGGAGAGUGUGGCAUGUGGACAACACCACUGUUAUCUCCUCUGGCAUUGCUUGGGUGGGAAUUUGGAGAGUCUGCUUUAUUAGUUAUCUUCAUGUCUCACCUGGCUAUAAAGAACAGUUCUGUCAUAAAUUCGGGGUGCUUGAUUCCUUCGUCCCCCAUGAAAUUUAUGCUGCUCAAGGUCUCCUGUUGAUCGCCCUGAUCAUGGGUUUGCUGGGACUGACUGCCACAGUAUUUGCUCUGAGAAAUAUUUAUAUGGGAAUAGUUGACAAAACUCUCAUUACCCGUUUCUUCUUGGUUGGUGGCUUCUUCUACAUAUUUUCUGGUCUGUGUGUCCUAGUUCCGGUGAGCUGGAAUUUCUAUUCUGUAACGCAUAAUGAGAGCAUUGCUUUUCCUCCAUCUUACUACAUGCCCUCCAGCCCGGUGACACAGGAGGUUGGUGCUGCGAUUCCUAUUGGGAUUAUAGCUGUUAUCUUGCUGCUGCUAAGUGGGACUUUCUCUCUCUCAUACAGAUUUCCUGUAACCUCAAACACUAUCAUGCAGUCCUGACAGGGUAAAUCCCCAUGCUGUUUCAGAAAAACGAGAGCACAGUCAAAAUAUAAGGAUGACAGUACAAGAGAUUUAUAGUCAAGAAAUUACAGAAUUUAAUUCUAGUCUACAGUAGCCACAGUAUUUUGUUAUAUGAGCUGGUUGAAUAACCAUAAUAAUUGUCACAUAUGACUAGAGGUUCAUCUUUGAGAUAAAUGCUGCUGAGUAGCAACUGUGAUUGAGUUUUAUUGGUUGUCCUCUUUUGUAUAUGCAAUCUUUGAUUAAUUUAUUUUUAAUGUAAGAUAUUUACUAUUUUCAGAUAGCUAGCUCUGAAUUAACUCACCUGUGAGAAAAAUGUGAAGUGAUGCUUGUUAAAUGUGAACUUGUUUCCUUAUUGAUACUAAAAUAUUUUGUCCAUUAUUCAAUGGCAGCUGUAGCAAAGUAUGUUCUGUGACAAGUCAAGGCUUUUAAUACAAACAAUUUGAGUGUCAUCACAGUUGUGUCAAAUGAGUCCUCACUGAAUUGGUUUACAAAGGUCUUGCCAGUUUCUCUUCUUCCUCCAGGGCACAUAAAGAUCUGUGCCUCUAACGCUUCUAUUUUUUAUCAAGCUGUUUGCAUUUUAUGUUGCAACAUCUUUGCCUGUGGGCAAGGUGUGCCCUUAGUUCCUCACUUACACAGACCCAGAAAACUUGCAAGCACUUUCUUCUUAGUCAGACACUUUGCUGAAUCCAAAGGUAUUGCAAAAGAUAGAGACUUCUCUUACAAGUUGCAACUUCUUUUACAAAAGCUGCUGUCAAAAUUAAUGCUUUCAGUAAUCAGGAAUAUUUAGUACAACUUUUAGAGUAUGAUUCAUCUAACCCGAUGUAGACAUCUGUGUCUAAACUGGUCACAUUAGGCUCCCUUUAUAGUCAAUGGAGCAAAAAAGACAUUCUAGGACAGUAUUUGCCUCUUUCCUGAAUAGGUAUGUAGAAUGGCUUGAAGAUGACAUGCUACCCAAAAAGUCUCUCUUUCUCUUUGUUCACUAUAAUGACUGUAAUAACUAUGGUUGCUAACUCAAGCAUGCACAACCUAACUUCACCCGUGCUAGACAAGAUUAGGUGAAAUGAAUCUGCCACCUUAGUGGCAUUUCAUAUGCCAGUCCUAUAAAAAAGGUAAAGAAAGAAACAUCCCAAACAUCACAAUAAGGAAAGUUUAAAAAAAAAAAUCAAGGAGGAGGAAUGAAUAAACAGUGUUGGCAAACUGCUGAUCUACUGAAAGCAGGUUCCACUAAAUGUUACUACCAUUUCAAAGAAAUUCUACAAGAAUCCAAACAAUGUAGUUUUCCUUUUUAAAUUAUCCUCCAUCUUCUAAAAUAUUGAUGGAUUCAGCUAUACAAGAAAAUGUAAAAUGCGAGCAAACCUAUUCUUACUGCUUGUGACACUUACUCUUGCUAAGUAUUUUUGCUAUUUUUAAAUUUUGGAGAUAGGGAAUGGAAAGUAAACCAGCCAUUUGCAAACCUCCCCGUUUCUUGCUUUGAAGGGGAAAUGUAACACCCAAAUUCUUCAACUUUUAUCACCUCCACUGUCUACCUCUCUUUUCUGCCAGGACCCCAGUUAAUAUUGUCACUGUUUGGCCAGUCUAGAUUGCUGCUAUUUGUUCUUUCUGCUUUAGUUUCACCUUCCCUGAAGUCAUUAGAUAUAUAUAUAUAGAUACAAGAAAUUUGUUUCCUUAUUACUCUUGAUUUGCCCUACCAUUCUCAUGAAUCUAAUCUCUAUAUCUUGCCUUUUUUCCUCCCACCCAAUGCCAGUACAGUUUUUUUUUUUUCUACUUCUUCCACACAAUCUUGACUUUGCUAUACUAACUUUCUGUACAGAAUUUCUACAGCACAUUAAUUUCCACUCUGGUCUUCCAGUCUUUCCUGAAACAGUAGCUUAUCUCAACAUUUCUAACUUUUUCAACUGCUGCAUUUGUUUAUCUUUUGGCUGUUUACAAAGCUGCAAGGAACUUUUAAGUGGUGUUUGAAUGAAGGCUUUUUUAUAUCUUCCUUCUAGUUUGAUUUCCACAGUGCAUCCUAUACUAUGUUGGUGUGUUUCAUUUUUAAAUGCUCAAGUAAAUAAAAUGGUUAUCUUUUCCCAUAGUGCCUACAAUAAAAUUAGAUUUUAUCUUGUUGUAGUUAUAUGAAAAAAGAUGUAUCCAUGUGUUUAUGGCAUUGUUUCCCCACACUAAUAAAACAUUAAUAUUUCCUGGUAAAGAAUCUGAAGUUUAACACAAAGCGACUGAUUCUACAACCUUUCUGAGUUCAUGUAUGCUCAGAAAUGCCUAUAAACCCAGUUGUAUGUUAGCUAUAUUUACUAAAUGAUUGUGUUAGGUUUAUAUUUAUUCUUCGUGGCCAAAAGAAAAAGCAAGAGACAACAUCAAAAACAUGCCAAGUUUUUGCAUUGCUGCCACAGCAGUUUCUGCCAGGAAUUCUGUUGAUCUGCCCUGAUGUGUGACUAUAAAACACUGGUCAUGUGUCAAAUUUAGGUUAGAUGUUAAGAAAAUUCUCUAGCAAAACACUGGAAUGCAUUACCUAAGGAGAUGUGUGUUCUUUAAAAAAUACAUUUUGUUAAAAAUAAGUUAAAACAAAUAUUGCCAUGAAUAACAUAGGUAUAGUGAUUCUGUCUCAGGUCAGAGGGAUGAUCUAGAUGGAACUCUCAAGGUCUUUUCUGACGGUACUUCCUAGGUUUCCAAUAUAUGAGUCUAUAAACAGUUAUGUGAUCCAGAUCAUAUGUUGAUAUAUGUUAAAACACCAGCGGAUAUUAAGACUCCACAUCCUUCUCUGAAGAAAACACAGGAGAAUAAAAUCUUAGCUCAAAGCAAGUGAGAGAUAAAACUUCCACUGAUUUCAACGGGAUCAAGACUGUCUAAUCUUAACCCCUCAAGGCUGUGUGAUUCAUUAAAUUUUAGGAAAUGUGUGUGUUCAUUAAGAUUUUGGUAUUGGAAGAAAGUAAAGCUCCUUUGCUUUUACCUCACCAGUGAGGAGGCAUAGUCUCUUUGUGCAUAUUUUCACGAUAUGUUUGUUUUAGAAUUUAAGAAGUUGUUACCUUCCGGUAGUUCAGUUUGUUACCACUUCAGCUGUGCUUGUACAACUAUUUUUAGGGUUGUCUGCAAAACCAGACAAUUGAAAUGCUUUGGGUUUAAAACUCAAAAAUGCAAAACUCUUCUGAAAGACUAUUUUUAACUUUUAGCUCCCUAAAGUAAUCUGUAGGGAGUUACUCUAUAGCUUGGCCCGCGCUAUCAUUUAUAGCAGCACAACGGAGGACAGGCAGCAAGCUGCAGUGCAAAGACAGGGAUGAGUGAUCAGUGCCUUGAGGUAGAAGGAUAAGGGCAAAAACUACUUAAGCAAAUUUCACCACUGAAGAGUAUGAACCUCCAUCUUCAUCUUUAGUACAGAUUUGGACCUGCUGCUUUCUCAAGGACAGCACUACUCGCUGUGUGGGUCCCACCCUGUCUAGGAAUGUCUCCAUGCUGGCCUCAGCCUACAUAUAAACCAGUCUGGCUGUAUUUUUCUGAGUUGACAAUAAACAAUAUCUUGUGAUUA